GCGAGGACCUAAAGAGCGCCACUCACACACUGCGCCACACGGGACAUUUGUCCUGAAGUCCGCGGCGAUGAUUCGCGUUUUCUAAAGUCACGUGCACAGCAGCGUGCGGCUGAUGCCACAGGAGACGUAACGAUGUGACCGCUCGGAUUUUUCUGAAGGAACAACUUUUGUUUAAAAACACGGGACGAUAUUCAUGGGCCACGUGCGCAGCCUCAGCUCUCCUCCACUCGCUCUAGUGCCAAGGUUCAGUGUGCCGCGGGGCUUGUUUGGACUUGUAACCAGUGCUGCAUCCCGCUGACACAAGUGAGACAGAUCCGGGCUGACAGAGGAGAGGACUAGCCCAGAGCCCCACAGCCCUGUCAGCUGAUCGCCCGGUGGUGAGGUGGGCCGGGGGGCACCAGGGACUAUGCAGUUAGGACUGGUGGCGCUGGCGAUGGUCUUCCUCAGCUCCAUGGGUCACAGCGACAGGCUCUCCAAAGUCAGAUGCCAGAGAAGAGUCAGUACAGAGGGGCCCCCGUCUUGUCCCAAAGGCUGUGAUCGCUGCUCCGAGUACAACGGCUGUGUCAAGUGUAACCCAAAGCUCUUCAUCUUCUUGGAGCGGAAUGACAUCCGGCAGAUUGGGGUGUGCCUGGCCUCCUGUCCGGCCGGAUACUUCGGCAUGAGGAACCCCGAGGGGAACAACAGGUGCACGCAGUGUAAAGUAGACAAUUGUGAAACAUGCUUCAAUCGCAAUUUUUGCACAAAAUGUAAGGAGGGCUUGUAUUCACACAGUGGGCGGUGCUACGUGAGCUGCCCUCCAGGCCAGCAGCCAGCCAAUGACACCAUGGAGUGCACUGAUCCUCGUGUUGCAGACUGCGAGCUGUCGGAGUGGAGUCAGUGGAGCACCUGUGCAAAGAAAAACAAAACAUGUGGCUUUAAGAAGGGCUCCCAAAGCAGGUUCCGAAUGCCACUGAGCCUGACCCCCAGCACUGGCCCCUCCCCUGUCCCGUCUCCUGUCUGCACACCGCUCACCGAGAAGAAGAAGUGUGUGGUCAUCAAGACGCCCUGUGUCAAAGACGGAAAGAACAAAGGGACCAGAACUAACCCUAACCGGAGGGAGCAAGAGGGCACCCGGGGGAGAGGCCGAGGAGGAGGACGAGGAGGAGGGGGCAAGAGGAGGAAAGGACAUAUCAGGACAACCACCUCUCCAAGCCUCACCACCAGCUCUGUCACCUAAGCACCCCGCACCUGUCUGCUGCUGACCGCUGGGCUUUAGACUGUCCCCAGCACGCAGCCUCUUCCCCCACACACACUCUGACUGACAGCUGUCGUGUCCCGGACCACUGACUUCAUGCUGCUAUGUGUUAUUGAAGAUGCUCUACAGUGAUACACAAUGGAGUAUUAUGUGAUAUUUGGAACAGACUGGUGACUCCGGAGACAUGCUGAUCCUCGUCUAUUGUGAACCAAAACUCAAUCUGAUCAAACUGAGGACUCUCCGCUGGUCUGGAGGAUUUGGUUCCAGUCUGGUUCUCAUUUGAUUUUUUUUUUUCUUUUUUUUUUGAGAGAUGGAAAAUGGAUUUGCUCAAUCCACUGUUCAUGAUAUAACGCAAUCUAUAAGACUCUAUAUGUCUUUAUAUCUAUAUGGACUAUAGGAGAAGAAGAAGAGAAAGGCACUGGAAAAUAUUUGUGAUUGUAUAUUAACAGAUGGUCUAUUAUAUAUGUCUAUAUGUGAAGGGACGAAUAUGUAAAAUGUAUAGGAGAAGCAAAGAACUGUGGAUCCUCCUCAGCUUAUGUCUUUGCCUAUAGUUUGAUGUACAUUUUCAUCAGCAAAUCAGAUUUGCAUGGCACUUAUGGAUUCAGUGUGUGUGAUGGCUGCUUCGUAUUGAACAUGAAGGGUUUAAACAAAACACAGACCUAUGCGUUCAUCAGUUACAUGGAAGUAUAUAGAUUAGAAUCUUGCCAAAUGUAGCCUAAUUCCAAGACCAUUGUCAACUGUUAAGUUAAAGUAACAUACAUAUAUUGAAGUUCAUCCUAAUCUAACCGUUUAUGUGGAGCCAGACUGCAGGCACUUGUCAGGGGCACCCAGACUUCCGGCUUCUCAGACAUUUCCCAGACACUUCCCAUAGCUUUUACAGUGGAAUCCCUGGUCGGUGGCACUUGUCUUUCCCAGAUUAUUGGUAAAUAUUGAAUAUGGCAAAUUGGUGAACUGGAAAAGCUAAGUGACACAUAAUUGGAAGAAUGAUAUAACAAUGGCAUUUUGUCAGCUAUGCCAUAAUUAUGCAUGAAGCUCUGACAUUUAAGAUGCUUAAAAUGGAUGCAAAGCAAAUGUAUUGAAUCUAACUAUUUGACUUGUAACCCAUUUGAGUUCAUGUGUGACCAUGUCUGAGCCCUGCAUGUGUCUGCAGUUCUCCAGAAGUCUGGGUGUUGCUCAACUUUGAAAUCACGAAAAGGUUUGGGUGGAGCCUGCAGAUGUACAUGUGUGUUUACAUUUUAACAUAAGGUUUAAUACAGGCCUGGUGGACGGAGAGGGCCUGGGGCUGUAUAAUGCACAUUUAUUUAUCACAGAUUUUUCUGAAGCCUUCCACUCAUCAGCUGCUCUGUAACCAUGUUUCCAACAGGCUCAGAAAAUUUGUACAACUAUUCCUUCUACUCUUGAUUCACAGAUGCCAGAAAACCAGGCAAAUGUGCACUUUAGACAGACUGUUAUGUUUGCUAUAUGUUUCCAUGGGUGUUGCACUCCAUAUAUUAUACAAUACAAUGCAAUGCAAUAACAUAAUCUUUGGUUCAGUUACACAUUUCAUUACCUGCUAAAACUACAACUUGUGAUGCUGAAUAUGUCACACAGUGUUACUCAAAUGAAGUAUUAGUACUAUCAACAUGUACAGCUUAUUCUGUAGACACUUCAAUAAAGUUGGGAUAUUGUUCAUAAAA